AUGGCAAUCCUUAAUGGUGCAUACAACUUUUCCAAGAUGCUUCAUGGGUCAAAAGCUUCGUCUGGGGGUGGCGCAGAUGCAUUUUAUAAGGCCUUUGUUCCCGAAAUUGGAUCGAUUGAGCUGGUCAAACGAUGCGUGAUGAACGAACGAGGCCAAGUUGAUCGAGUCGGCGCAUGCGUCUUUCCUGGUCUUGUGAAGGGUGAAGCAGAGACAACCCAAACGGUAGUCCGACGUGCUCAAGUUAUUUGUGGAUGCGCACUUGGCUUCAAUCACUAA